ACCACUUUUAAGACGCGCCACCAAGAGGAGACCGUCGUGCGAACAGCGGAGGAGGAGAUGGCAGAAAUAAGCUUAAGCACGAGUCUGUUGGCUCUUAUUGGCAUCUUGACCACACUGACGAGUUGCGAUACUAUUCCUUGGCAGGAGGAAAAGCUUAAACAUGAAGCUACUACUCUGAACUCCAGUGAACUGAGUAGUAUCGUAGCUCAUACUGAUCUGGACCGGAUGUGGCAGAAGGACCUGAAGUCAAUGCUUGUUGUGCGUUAUCCUGGUUCAGCUGGAAGCCAACAAGUUCAGCAGCAUAUUAAAUCAACCCUAAGCUUGCUGAAAGCUGGCUGGGAUGUGACUGAGGACUCCUUCUAUGCUUAUACUCCUUAUGGGCAGCUGCCCUUCACCAACAUAAUUGCUACUCUCAACCCUGCUGCAAAACGUCAGUUGGUGCUGGCCUGCCACUUUGACUCCAAAUACUACCCUCCUCAAUGGGAUGGCCGUGAGUUUCUCGGGGCAAUUGAUUCUGCAGUGCCCUGCUCUAUGAUUCUGGAACUUUCAAGAGCCCAAGAUGAUGAAUUAAAGACCCUGAAGAAUUCUGGCUUAGAACUGUCUCUGCAGCUCUUGUUCUUUGAUGGAGAAGAGGCUCUUUAUCAGUGGACAUCUGAAGACUCUCUGUAUGGCUCUCGUCAUCUGGCCCACAAAAUGGCCACAGCAUCACAUCCACCAGAAGCUACCAACACCAGCCAGCUUGACAGCAUUGAUCUGUUUGUUCUUCUGGAUUUGAUUGGAGGUCCUAAUCCUCGAUUUGGAAAUCAGUUCUCCAGUACGACCCGGUGGCUUUCCAGACUACAGAAUAUUGAGCGUCGGCUACAUGCUCUCGGUCAGCUGGAGAAUCACCCUAAUGAGGUUCAGUAUUUCUGGCCUGGCCUGCAUGUGGGACUUAUUCUGGAUGACCACAUACCAUUCCUCAACCGAGGAGUCCGCAUUCUCCAUCUUAUUUCAACACCUUUUCCUGCGGUGUGGCACACAUUUGAUGACAAUGAGGAGAACCUUGACCAAACCUCCAUCAGUAAUCUCAACAAAAUCCUCCAGGUCUUUGUUCUUGAAUACCUCAACAAGAAAAGCCCAGAAAAUCAAGUUGUUGAAGGCUCAUAAUGUUUUAUAAAUUUACCAGCAGUCACCUGUUUCUCAUACAGAUAAGAACAUUCAAUGUUCUAAUUUAGUCAGUUUCGGUAAUUUCAAAUGUGACUAAGCUGUCACUGGGUUUAUACCUUUUCAAAAGUUCUCACUUGGACUUUUUUUUCCCUAAAAUGUACCUUAAUGGCAGGCCUGUAAAUUAUUAGUUUUAUUACAUCUGAAUUAUUAGCCCCCUGUAUAUUUUCCCCCAAUUUCUGUUUAACAGAAAGAAGAUUUUUUUAACACAUUUCUAAACAUAAUAGUUUUAAUAACUUUUCUUAGGCAAAUCAUUGUAUAAUGAUGGUUUGUUCUAUAGACAAUUAAAAAAUAUAUAUUGCUUAAAGGGGUGAGUAAUAUUGACUUUAAAAUGGUUUAAAAAAUAAUUAAAAAUUGCUUUUAUUCUAGGCAAUAUAAAACAAAUAAGAUUUUCUUCAGAAUAUGUGAAAGUACUGUGAAAAAUUCUUUGCUCUGUUAAACAUUAUUUGGGAAAAACAUUGAAAAAGAAAAUAAAAUUUACAAGAGAGCUUAUAAUUUUGACCUCUACUGUAUGUAUAUGUUUACCCUCCUCAUGCCAUACCUUCCUAAAGGGAUAGUUCUUCCAAAAUGAAAAAUUACUGCAGUGUACAAACUGUAUUUGUACCUAAAUGAAAUAUAUCAGAAAGGUACUUUUGAAGGGUACUGCCACAGUGACAUAUUUGUUUGUACCUUUUCUGCAGGUAUUUUCUGUCACAAAAUAAGUUUGUUCUUUUUUUAUAUUCUCUAACUUCCAACCAGAAUGGUGAAUAAAGGGUUAAAAUUGAAAUGACAUUUUAGUAAUCUAAGAUCAGACUCAGCAGGGUUUACUGUAAACCCUGCUUUAUUGGAAAUAGUAUUAUCUUCAUCUCUUUUGGCUUUCUGAUAGUCCUGAAUAUUCCCCAGGAAAGCUAAAUACUGAAAUAUGGUACUUGAUAAAUAUAAUUGUCUUGCUGGUUAUAUGAAUAAAUAACAAAGUUUAUAGUAGCCUUAGGUAUAGUUAUGGGUCCUGUUAAGUUAAAUGUAAACUACUAAAUGAUAGAGAAUCACAGAAUCACUGAUUGUGCAGGCUGCUGCUAUUGUCAUGUGCUCCAGCUUUCAAUGUGUUUUUUAUUGACUACUGGGCUCGGAAAGCUUUUAAUGUCGCAUUAAACAUGUAUCUAUUUUGAAUUGCUGAUAAUAAUGAAAAACAGAUAAUAAACAUUUUAUAAAGCAGUGGUUAAA